AUGGAUGGCAAAGCACGGACGCGUUUACCCCGAUGCUGCAGAGAAGGAACGGCGUCUCGGCAUCUUCAAGAACAAUGUAGAAUACGUCGAGAAGUUCAACAAAGGGAACAAGACAUACACGUUGAGCAUAAACAAGUUUCUGAUAUGACCAACGAAGAAUUCCGGAGACAUUAUACCGGAAACAAAAUCACCCCCGGCUUAAGUUCAACCUCAUCCAAUUUUACCUACCAAAGCUUGGCUGCUUCUGAUAUUCCAACUAGAAUGGACUGGAGGGAACAACAAGCUGUCACUCCCAUAAAGGAUCAAGGUCGAUGCGGUGCUUGCUGGGCAUUUUCAGUAGCAGCAGCUGUGGAAGGGCUAACCAAAAUCAAAACCGGCGAAUUGAUCUCACUCUCCGAGCAGCAACUUGUGGACUGCAGCUCCCAGAACAAUGGGUGCGGCGGUGGUAGCUUGAAACUCGCAUAUGACUACGUAGAGCAAAACGGACUGGCUCGUGAAGAAAGUUACCCGUACGAGGGAACAGACACUGGAACAUGCAACACUGACAUGGAAAGUGAGCGUGCGGCAAAGAUCACUAGCUAUGCCCAAGUCACUUCCAGAGAUGAAAACGAUCUACUCAAGGCUGUGGCCAUGCAACCAGUCUCGAUCCGCAUUGCGGCUUAUGGAUUGGAUUUUCAGCAAUACAGCAUCGGGGUGUUCUCAGGCGAUUAUGGGACGGACCUCAACCAUGACAUCACGGCCAUCGGCUACGGGACAACUGAAGAUGGAAUCGACUAUUGGUUAAUGAAAAACUCAUGGGGGACGCAAUGGGGUGAAAGUGGGUUUAUGAAAAUUCUUAGAAACAGUGACGCCCCAGAGGGUAUGUGCGGCCUUGCUAUUAAUAACUUCGAUUGCAUAAGUCUCUACGUAUACUACAGCAUGCCUCUUUUCCAUAUUUAUCUUUCUAUUGAGUAUGCACUUCCAAAUUCUACUAUACAUGUUGGGUCGUGA